AUGAUUGCCGAAUCCUUCUUUAACGCCCCCGAGUAUGCUCUUAUUGGUAGAGUCCUUUACCUCUCUUGGGCGAGAGUCAUGGCUCUCUUUCAAAUGGCUGCAAAUCAGAAGAACACCUUGAUGUACCUCUGGCUUCUCUCCCACGCUACCUGUCUCUUGGGUUUUCUUACCUCUUCAGUGAUUCCUUCAGCUUAUGGGGCCGCUGUUAUUGGCUGCAAUGUCACGUAUGCCAUGGCUGUACAUCGUCACUUCAGAUACAUCCUCAGAGAUGAUAGAGGAAGCAGCCUGAAGUUGAGAGCACCCAUUUCUGACUUGUUACAUGGAGAGAACACGGUUUUACUUGCUUCGGCGUUGUUGGUGGCCAACACGGAACCGUCGCUUACCAAGUUACUUCCUUUCGCUACGUAUGCCACCAUGAACUUGAUGUCUUUCCUUAUUCUUGAUGUGUUGCCUACAAGCGCCUUUACCAAGACAUCGAUGCCGUUCCUUAGGUACUUGGAAACGACAGCCUUGUCGUAUGUGUGCUACUGGGACUACGUGGUAAUGUUGGCGUACGGAUAUGAAUGGUUAUUCAAGCAGCAACAGGCUUGCUGGUUGGUGUUCUAUAUGGUGACUUGGCUUGUGAAGCUCGAGAUCUCAGAGUUGAGCAGGAAAUCCUUGCAUGGCCUUGUGCUUGGCUGUACUAGGUUGAUGAAGGCUUUGGGGUUCAAUUUCAUUGUCCCGAGCAUCGAGGAGUUCCAGGCAAGUCUAUCGGUGGUGUUGCCAACCAAGGAGAGUCCGUUCCCUGGCGACAUCCCAGACCUGGCUCUCUCGUCCAAAGAUCGGGUCGAAUCGCUCAUGUUCGACUCCUUCUCUAUCAUCAACGACGUGGAUAGAUAG